AUGGGGAAUUCAAAUUAAAAGUUGUAAGAAGAGAAGUAUGAGAACGUGAUGAAGAAAUUCAAGUUGAAGGAGUCGAUCCAUCAUCACUAGUUGGGUAUGAUCAGAGUCCACACUCUCAAAGAUGAUAAUGUAAUAGAUCUACGAUUGAAUAGAAUUAUUCUAUUUUUGAACUUCAUAAGACUCCAACUACAUCAGAGGAAGCCAAACUUAUGUUAGCUCAUUACAAAAAUAGAAAAUGCUACAACAAUGACCAUCUUACAUAAAUAUUUUUCAUCUCUGAAUAACAUAGUCAAAUCUUAUGUUAGGAUCAAACUUAGUUAACAGUGAUUGGAGAAUUCUUUUACAAUAACAUCUAAAAUGAAAUGAAAACAAAUUAUCUGUCUAAAAAUUACAAUAAUACUGCAUCGCAAUUUCCAGAAUCCAGAUUAUGGUAAAUAACACUUUAAAUUGUCAAUGCUUGUACCUUUUUAGAAAAGAAUGGAAGACAUCAUGGAGAAAUUAAAUCUAAAAACAUCCAUUUGCAUCCCGAUCAAAGUGUGAAAUUAACGGUAUUUAUAUAAUUAUGUAUCUUAGGAGUACAAUUUCAUCUACGGGAGUAUGACUGGAUAUUAGAAGGCAUUGUUAUUGAACGAAUUUCAACUUCUGUCUCCUGAAUUAUUGAAAGAAUUGAGAGCAAAUAACUCAUCCCCAAAUGUAGAUUUAAUCAAGGGUGAUGUGUUUGCUCUAGGAUUAACUCUAUUGGAAUUGGCAAGCCUUAGUUCCUGUGAAUAGUAUUAUGAUUGGGUUAAAAAGGAAGUUUACAUUGAUAAAGUCAUCAAAGCCAAUGAUCAAUUAACGCAGAGAGGCUAUUCAACACUUUUUACUAAUUUAAUUUAUCAGAUGGUAUCAGAAGUAGAGAUCAGACCCAGAUUCAGUGAUUUAUAGGAAGUGCUAUCUCAUUUUGAGAAUGAAAUCUACAACAAUUUGGACUUCUACUCCAGAUAUUAGAUGAAAUAGAGUCAACAAUAGAACAUCUAUAACUCAGUGUACACCCAGCCAUACUAGAGACCUGGACAAAUCAAUUAAACGUAAUCGAUAUAUUUACCUAAUGGAUCAUAUUGA